CGAGCGCAGACGGAUCGCAGGGUGAGCCGUCGCUCGGCAUACGUCGAACUAGGUGCCCUGCGUUUGGGGCGUCUCCUGCCAUCGAGCAUCGGGGUGUCGUGCAGUCGAUCCGGGGGGGACGACCACCGCCUUCUUCGAGUUAGUUCCGGAACAGAAGAGAAUUGGAUCGGAACGUAUUUGUUUUUUAUUCCCCCGAACGGUGCGUCGUAGCAGACACGGUCGACGACGAUGAGACAACGACGAUGGUACUCGUGGUAGCGCGACCACAGUGCAUCGUGGCCAGUGCGGGCGUAGGCGUCGAUUGUGCACGCGAUCGGACGAGCAAGGAGAUGGUGUCCCCGGAUCUAACGGGGGAAAGUGACUUGGUUGCUAAUACCAACGCUAUCAGUGCCGCGUCCGCGUACAACGUCCCUCACGUUGUCACCGUCACCGUCACCGUUCCUACCAUCAUCGCCGCUGCUGCCGCUAAUAUCACUGCCGCCACCGCCGUGAACGAUCCCGCCACUGCCAAUACCGUCAUCGACACCGCGACCAUGAUCACCCUACAGCGCUACUCGGAUGGUUUAACGUCCAACGGUUUUUAGAGUACAUCGUCUUGUACCAUAGGAGGGCCCCCCCCCCCCAGGAGGAAGUGCCGUGGCCCCUCGAACCUAUUGAUACAUCGGUGAUGACAUCGCGUUGGAAAUCCUAUUGAUUCCCUCGUUCACGUCCUUCUCUAUCCUUUACCACGGUGGUCGACAGAGUCGAUUUUCUCUGGCAAAUUGCAGGAAUCCUGGCGAACCAAGGCACGAGGAACGUCGUGGCGUGAUAAUAUCAUCGUCGAGCACGAUGGCUUGCGUACCCUCUAAGCUCAAACGAUGGCCGAUUCACGCGGCUUCAAGCCAAUAAACCAGUUCUGGCAGAGCGCGGCAGUGUCUACGGACCCGGAUUCGGAGUGCCUCUACGAGGAAAUCGCAGGCCUUUCGGGGUCCCAGGAUACGGAGCCAGGGCCGGCUGGUGCCGCCGUCGAGGAGGACGAGGAAGAGGACGAGGAAGAGGAGGAGGAAGAGGAGGAGGUGGGGAGGCUCGAUUUCGGCGCGCAGGUCGGCGGUAGCAGCUGGUGGAGACAGAGCAAAGGUAGCGACAAGUACGCGAUCAGCACCGGGAGCGUCAACGGACGUAAAACCAGCAAAAGUGUCGGGACCAGCGCGCGAUCGCGCAGCAGAUCGGCCGAUCGGCCAUCAGCCGUACGCCAGGAGGUCAUCAGGGUGGAGGAGGAGCAGUAUGCUUCGCACAGAAGCUACGUGGAGUCCGGUACAGGCGCCGUACUACCGCCUGCUACCGGCCUCAAGCUGACCAGGGGGCGUGCAACCAGCACCGUCGCCCGCUACCUGCACUCUGCCUCCACGAACACUGGUCACUAUCACCACCAUCACCACGGGCUCCACGGACAGUAUCCAGUGGGCAGCACCGGCAGAACGACCGCCAGGCGUCACCAGCAUCAUCACCCAAGCCGCGGAUCGUUCAGUAAUGAGACGCAGGAAGAGGUACAGGAGGACGAUGAAGCCACUCUACGGGAGUUGCUUGUAAGUCUGCAGAAACAGGUCAGCGUUAUGAGUAUGAACUUGAGUGCCAAGCUGGACGAGCUGCAGCGGGGUGACCGCCAGCUGGAGACCACCGUCGCCCUCUGCGAGAUCCGUUCCCAGCUGCAGGAACUCACCAAGAGCGUAGAAUCUUGCCAGAGCGAGGUCAGCGAGGUGAAACGGGACAUGGUCGCAAUCAAGCACGAACUAGAUACAGUACAGCAGGUGAAAGAAGAGAUCGAAGAGUUACGAGAAUACGUGGAUCGACUGGAAGAACACUCCCAUCGACGGAAACUUAGACUUUUGGAGCAGGGGCUAACGCUUUUCCUGUCGUAUGCAAUACUAGCAGCAGUCCUAGGAAUGUUGCAAUUUGGAUACAACACUGGAGUCAUUAAUGCGCCAGAAGUGAACAUUGAAAAUUUUAUGAAAGACGUGUACAAGGAUAGGUAUGGAGAAGACAUUUCCGACGAUUCCGUGAAGAAAUUGUAUUCUGUGGCCGUGAGCAUAUUUGCGAUUGGUGGUAUGCUAGGUGGUUUUAGCGGAGGAAUAAUUGCCAACAGAUUUGGCAGAAAGGGGGGCUUACUGCUAAACAACGUGCUGGGCAUCGUGGGGGCGUGCCUGAUGGGUUGUACAAAGAUUGCUCACUCAUACGAAAUGUUGUUCUUUGGACGGUUCAUCAUCGGUGUGAAUUGUGGCUUAAACACCUCGUUGGUUCCCAUGUACAUAUCGGAGAUAGCACCACUGAACCUGAGAGGCGGCCUAGGCACGGUGAACCAGCUCGCUGUUACGGUGGGUCUCCUGGUCUCCCAGGUGCUGGGCAUCGAGCAAAUCCUUGGAACGAAUGAGGGUUGGCCAGUUCUCUUAGGGCUAGCUAUCUGCCCUGCGAUUCUACAGUUACUGCUGCUUCCGGUUUGCCCUGAAUCACCAAGAUAUUUGCUCAUUACCAAACAGUGGGAGGAAGAAGCUCGCAAAGCUUUGAGAAGGUUGAGAGCCAGUAACCAAGUGGAAGAAGACAUAGAAGAGAUGAGAGCUGAGGAACGUGCUCAGCAAGCUGAAUCUAGAAUAUCGAUGACAGAGCUCAUUUGUAGCCCUACGCUGAGAGCUCCUCUUGUUAUUGGUGUGGUCAUGCAACUUUCGCAACAGCUUUCAGGCAUUAAUGCUGUGUUUUACUAUUCGACAAAUUUGUUCACUAGUUCUGGUUUGACAGAGGAGAGUGCCAAGUUUGCAACCAUUGGCAUAGGUGCCAUUAUGGUUUGUAUGACGUUAGUAUCCAUCCCGCUUAUGGAUAGAACAGGAAGACGUACACUGCACUUAUACGGUCUUGGUGGCAUGUUUAUCUUUUCAAUAUUCAUCACAAUUUCUUUUCUGAUAAAGGAGUUUUUCGGUUAUGUGCAGGAAAUGAUCGACUGGAUGUCGUAUCUGUCGGUCGUCUCCACCCUAAGUUUCGUGGUAUUCUUUGCUGUCGGGCCUGGUUCUAUACCUUGGAUGAUCACAGCCGAGCUGUUCUCACAGGGCCCUAGACCUGCCGCCAUGUCUAUCGCGGUACUCGUCAAUUGGAUGGCUAACUUUUUGGUUGGCAUUGGUUUCCCAAGUAUGAAGUCUUGCCUUGAAAACUACACGUUCCUACCAUUCAGUGCAUUCCUAGCCAUCUUCUGGAUCUUCACGUACAAGAAGGUUCCUGAGACCAAGAAUAAAACAUUCGAAGAAAUUCUAGCUUUAUUCAGGCAUGGUAACGACAGGAGCAGCUUACGGGACAGCAGACUCUACGGGAGCAUGCUAAACUGUGUGAAUGCAUUAGAGGGACACAUACCGCCAGCAGAGAGUGCAGCCCUGAUGGUGGCCGAGGAGAAGCCACAUCCUGAUUCAUUUGUGUUUGCAGCUGGAUCCGAGCGAUCUUCCGGCGCUCCCGCUCAGCCGGAGAGACCACCGCCCCCGCUUCCCCCGCCACGCUUUCCGAACAGCGGUGUCUGACAAUGGGAAACAGCUCCUCUUAAUAUCGGUAAUCUAGUGAUCAUGAACGCGUCGAUACCACUGCCGCUACUGCUCACCGCCAACAGCCUCACAUUCGAGAAUCAGCUGUACGAGAUCAUCACGGAGAGGAGCAAGGCCUGCGCGGCUUUCUUAAGGAACAGCAUACGUCGUGCGAUUAACGCGACGAACGUCGGCUGGAGCGUCGCUGAGAGCUACCACAGUGACGUAUCGUGCAAUCGUGCCUGGGACGAGUAACGAUAAUCACGUUUUUUGCGAACGUUUCGAUAACGAAACACCAAACGCCCCUCGCACGGCCACGUUAUUUCCGCCAAUGAGUAUUUAGAAACAAUAGGCGACCGGUAAAGCGUGUAAGAAUGAUGGGGGACGAACGGACACGGCACGAAACGAAUAGAUAGACCGCGAUUAAAAAAAAAAAAAGAAGAGAAAUAUCUAACGAAAAAUGAUGCGAAAGUGAUUGUGCCUAAACAUUUACGUUCGAACGAAUAUACACGCGUCCCGGAAGUUGGACCGUGAUCGCGACGAGGAUUUGAACUUGGCGCGACAUCGAAGAACAUAGAACGUAUAAAUUGCUAGAUGCGACAAGUUUAACGAAACCCCCCACCCCAGAGAAAAGGUGUAAUAUGUACUUGAAUUUUCUAUAUUUAAUUUCGUUAGGGUUUAUUCGGAUUAUACGUCGUUUUUUGUAUCACUGUCGUCUUUAUAACUGAUUGCACUCUAAUAUGAUUGGCCCCGUUACCGUCGAUCGAACUCGAGAUUGAAUUUUCCAUGGAUGAGAUUUAUCGAAUUUUAACCAUGGACGCGAAAACUAUCUUUUCAUGGUGCUUAUACGGUGCCUGUAAAAAGCAUUUGAAAAUCAGAUCAUUUUAUCUUCUUAAAGGUACAGGGGGCGCUGUGGUGCAAACGAGCGGGUGUUAGCUGUUAUUACGAACAAUUUAGAAUUGCGAGAUUAGGCGAAUUCGUUAACUCUCUAUACCCCUGAAUUAUUUUAUACUUAAAAGGACAUAGCAGGUCUUGGAAAUCAUUGAUAAUGAGAUUAGAAAGCCAUGCAAUUACUUUAAAAUCACAAUGGUACUUAAGGGGGCGCCCUCUAUGUAGAAAUCUAGAAAUUUAAACCGAUUUUCAAUAAUUAUUUCGAAGGAUAGAGAAUCGAUAAAUAUUCGUAAGGUUUUGAGGGCUAUUUAGAGUAUAUUUCAAUUUAAUUUUGCAAUUUUUUUUGGUAGAAUGAAAUACAAAAUGGCGGAGAUAGAAAAAUUGGUAAAAUGGCGGACCUCGGAGCUAAAAAUGGGGAAAUUUCACUUAUUUUAUUAGGUAGCUAUACAAAAUGUUUGUUUUAAAUUUCACUAUUUA